CAUUGGCCCGCAGCGCUUCCGCUUCCCGACGUAGGCCCCGGCCUCACGCAAGCUGCGUGCCGAUGACGUUGUAUGCAGCGACAGCGGCGAUUUGAAUCGUAGCGCGCGAGGAUGUCGGUGGUGCGGCCUUUCGACAAGCUGCCGGUGCUCAACUCCGCCGCCAUCCUGUUGGUGGGCACCGAUGAAGAUCUCCAGAGGCAGCUAGCACAGACUAUUCUUAAGGAGAAAAAAGACUUCAAGAUCAGCAUCCAUCUGGCAACCUCUCUUCCUUUACCUGCUGAGAGAGAUCACAUUCGGCCCCGGAUUGAUCUUAUUGUGUUUAUGAUUAACGUACAAAGCAAAUACGGCUUUAAGAAUAUUGAAGCUUCAUUAGCCCAUGUUGAUGCCAACUUCUUCCUUGGGAAAGUCUGCUUCCUCGUUACAGGUGUUGGUCGGGUGAAUCACUGCAGCGUAGACAUGAGUGCUGUCCGGAAACUGGGAGAUGUGUAUUGUAGCCCCCUCAUAUUCUGCGAGUUGGAGUUGGAAGGGAUCAGAAUCUCCACAGCUCAGCGGCUGCUCCGGAUGUUGCAGAUCUGUGCUGGCCAUGUACCAGGGGUUUCUGCCCUGUUCUUCAGCUCCUUGAUGAGAAGCUCCAAUGAUGAAUAGCUUCCCAACAUCAGUCCAGUAAUGUUCUUCCCCCUUCUGACUCAGUGUUAAGAUACUGAAACAGGUACCCUGCUGGGAAGCGUCUUAUGUUCUAUAACGAGGCCACCUUGCCCAGAGCUGCCCAUCUUUCCCCUAUGGGAAAGGUUGAGUUCCUGUUCAGUGGCCAGAGUUAGGGAAAGGAGGCCCUUAUGCAUUGUUAUUACUUUUGAAUCUCCAUUCCCCUUUUUCCAGUUAACACCACUAUUUGCUAGUGACCAGGAGCUAUGUAACACUCAGAGCUGUGAGGGAGGAGGGCACAAUUCAUCAGGUCAAUGCAUAUCAGGAGCAGGUAGCUGUACUUCAGAAGCACCGCAGUGAGGAAGAGCAGCAUUGCAGUACUAGUGCUCCCCUCCCACCUGGCAUCUGACUGACUGCCUCACCACAAUUUGGCUUUCUUGACUAGGGUUAAAAAUUCACUUCCUCAAACAAUGGCCUGAAAGGAAGGAACCAAGUUUAGCAGGAGCCAGACAUACAGCAGUUGGCAAAAAUAAACCAGCUGCUGAUGUGUUGUGAGCAAAGACAAGCUGGCUUUGCCGUUCUAAGGCUUUGACAUCUAACUGAAGAUGGAUUUGAAGGGUUUAAAAGGGACUGUCUGGCAACUUAGCUUGCUUGUUUCCUUUCAAGGAAAAAAGUACUUUCUCUGAGACAGGACCAGCAAUCAGUGUUUGGUGGGGAAACUGUACCCUCACUAUGCUCCUGAGUGACAAGAAUGGCUGGGAUGCUACAACUCAAAAGCUCCCGCAGGACUGCAUGCAUUUCAAGCAGUAGAUAAGAUGUCUAGAAGGGACUGAGACUUGUCCAGUAGGCUUGGAAAGGGUGCAGCUAUUAAAAAUGUGUGUAGAAAUUUGUCUUUGUCCUGUGAAUGAAGACCCAUAAAACCCUUUUGAUUUCAAGGUCUAAUUCAAAUUUGUUGACUGUCUCCAACUCUUGUUCACUUCUGCAACUCAAGCCUGUAAAAUCUGGAGAGAGAUCUUUUAUCUGUCCCUCUUCCACAGACCUACCACUUCUUUGCAUUCCACCCCUGCACCCCCCAAGGGAGGAUGGGGAUAGAUAUGGCUAACCUGGCUGGAAAUGUGCUGUAUAAAAUGCACAUGCUGCUUGCAAGUCAGACUCACAGAUUUUCACUGUCAGUAAUUCUCUAGAUCAGACUGGUCUGACUCAAAUAGCAGUAAUAAUGGGGUAAUCUCAAUGCAAAUUAAUGCCAGGGAUUGGAAGUUUAUUUUAAUAAAAUGUACAAUAAUUAAAAAAAACGAAUCCAACUCAUGCUGUUUUCUGAUUAUGGCUACAUGCUGUGAGUAUCUUUGCCAGGAGAACUGAUUGCUUUUCAUGAGUGUGCUGCUGUUCUGAUGUAGAGGUAACACAGAGGAUUUAGUGCAAUUUCAGUUACUUGAAAUGGACUGCAGUUUCCACUUUAACCAGGAGAUGGUGGCAAGAGCUUGUCAAUUUUAGAAAAUCCCCUGUACAAAUACCCUUGUCAGGCUGAAGUAGCCUUUGCAGUUGGUCUAUCCUCCAGGAAGAGCACAGACCAACUGCAGGUGCUUCCUCAGCCUGGCGAAGGGUAUUUGUACCCAAAAGCUCGCAAAGAAGCUUUCCCACUAUUUUAAUUGGUCUGAUAAGAAACAUUGGAUUUACUCAACCUUGUCUGCCUAUGUUCUUAAACCAGCAUGCUAAAACCUACAUCCCUGUGCUAAACUGCUCUCAGUACAAAGCAAAGGCAAUGUCCUUACUGAACAGGUCUUAGUUUAGGCUUGACAUUAUUUGAAAUGAAUAAAAAGUCAAACUGGGGGGGGGUGUUAUGGGGUUUACUUCACAUCUGGACUGCUCUAAUGUUCCUAACUUUGGAGCCCCAGCUUCUAGUGCUGUAGUUUCCCUAUAGCUUGCCUCUAGUCUUUCUUUCUCUCUCUCAGCAGCAAAAAGCAAUAGUAGCAAUGCAGGCUUAAUUAGCUGUGCAUUUUGGCAGUGGUCAGAGGUGACUCAAAAAGACUUGGGUCAUAAUCCAUACUCAAGGGCUGCAUAAAUCCCACCUACAACUGGCUUCUCACUGUGACAGUAGGACUGAGGUGAAGGGAAUGGAGAGGACCCCAUCAGUCAGCUAGAAUAAUAAGUGCAACAAUUUCAGACUGCAUUUUGCUGGAGGCAGAAACCCACUCUAGCUGCAGCCCAUGACAGGGAGCUCGAGUGUAUCCCUGUCUACAAAAGAUUUGAAGCCUAUGAUGCCUCAUUGGGUAUGUCCUGCUUUGUGGAUCCUGGCUGCAGUAAUUCAGGCCCUUCCUGUUAUCUAGCAGCAUUGUGAGGCCAGAAAGGGGGGAGGAAAAAUAUUUCCAGUGCUUUAAGUUUUCUGUCUGAACCUAGCCUUCCCUGUGGGUCUCUCAGCACGUACCAGGGCACAGUUCAGAGACUGAAAGGUUUCAAUUUGUUCUUGAAGCACAGGUGCAACUUGUGUUGGGGGCAGGGAGGAUGAAGGGGGUUGGGGGGUCAUAGAAAAAUGGUAAUUAAGUGUUCUUUUUCCCUUUUCUGGGUCGUGUAAAAUGGGUCCUUAUUGUGUCCCCUGUGCUCUUGUCUAAUCCAGUUCAUUUAGAAGUGGUCUGGACAACUGAAGCCACAAAGGAAUUUAAAAGCCAUUGCGUCCUUGGUGGAGGGAAAAUAACAUCCCUUAGUGAGACCUUUUAAGGCCUCAUAAAAUAUUUUCAGCAUAUCUCCCACUUGAACUACUUUGUCCAGUACUUCUGUUUGUAUCAUCAGAUUCAAAUCUGCAAUUAGAUAUGCUUUUAAUACAAUAUAUCCUCACCUACCACUGCUGUCAAGGAGGAGUAAGGGGGUAAAUGCUGCAACUUGUUUGUUCUGUCUCCUUUCAGAUACAUUUUCUGUUUAGAAUAACAUCCAAUUCCUUUAAGAAUAGCUGCAACAUUUUUAAACUGCAUUUUGCUAUAGACCACUAGACCAGGAGGAAGUGGUGGAUGAGGCUUUCUUCAAACAGCUAGUGGUAGUUUCCUGAUCACAGGCCCUGGUUCUCAUGGGGGACGUCAGUCACCCUGACAUCUGCUGGGAACGCAAUACAGCAGUGCGCAGGCAAUCCAGGAAGUUUUUGGAGAAUGUUGGGGGCAACUUCCUGGUAGAAGUGCUGGAGCGGUCAACUAGAGGACAUGCUCUUCUUGAUCUGUUGCUCACAAAACAAGGAAGAAUUGGUGGGGAAUGUAGUAGUGGAUGGCAACUUGGGCGUCAGUGACCAUGAGAUGAUUGAGUUCAGGAUCCUGAGGAAAGGAAGGAUGGAGAGCAGCAGAGUAAGGACCCUGGGCUUAAGAAAAGCAGACUUUGACUCACUUGGGGAACUCAUGGGCAGGAUCCCCUGGGAAGCCAGACUGAGGGUGAGAGGAGUCCAGGAGAGCUGGCUGUACUUCAAAGAAACCUUACUGAGAGUGUAGGAACAAACCAUCCUGAUGUGCAGGAAGGCUAUCAAGUAUGGCAGAAGACCAGCUUGGCUUAGCAAAGAACUCUUCAGUAAACUAAACCACAAAAAGGAAGCUUAUAAGAAGUGGAAACUUGGACAAAUAACUAGGGAAGAAUAUAAGAGCAUUGCUCAGACAUGCAGGAAGGCCAAAGCACAAUUGGAGUUGCAGCUAGCAAGGGAUGUGAAGGGUAACUAGAAGGGUUUCUACAAAUAUGUCAGUAGCAAGAGGAGGAUGAGGGAAAGUGUGGGUCCCUUACCUCCCCCAUUCAGCAACCUAGUGACAAGAUGUAGAAAAGGCUGAAGUGCUCAAUUCCCUUUUUGCCUUAGUCUUCACAGGCAUAGUUGGCUCCCAGACCACUGCACCGGGGAACACAGUUUGGGGAGAAAGUAAGCAGCCCUCAGUGCUGAAAGAACAGGUUAGAGUCUGCUGCAUAUGAAAACUGUGAAAGCUUGGAUAGUGUCUCUUGCAUAAAAAUGCAGAGCAGUGGCUGGGGCAAGACUGGAUUGUGGUAACAAGACUGCCACAAGAAAAUCAAACUCUGCUAAUGACUUGCAACCCAUUAGGUGUUGAGAUAGUGGAGUGCUUGCAGUACCCUACCCAUGCCAUAAUAAAAGUGGUUUAAAUUGCUGGCAGAGUUCUGAUGCGCUCAUCACAUAUGUGUACCUAAGAAAGCCCUUUAAAGAGAGGCUGAGCCAGUGAAGGGAAGGAAAAUGCAUAUGCAUUUCAUUUGACCUAGUAGCUAAAGGAAAAAAAAAAGACUAGAUAUCCAUCUCAAAAUAAACCUGUAAAAGGAGCACUGACUAUAGGGAGAAUGGAUGCCUGUUUUGAGAAAUGUGAGGAUGUCACAUGCAGAACAAUGUCACUCUAAGGUGUUGCACUGAAUAGUUCAGACACUUUUUUAUGUCUAAAGUUAUGAGCUGCUACAAAUGUUACCCCAAUGAUAAAUAAAUACCCAAAAACAAGUUUGGUGACACCUCUAAGUAUCCUGUCUGACGCUCAAGGCCCAUCAUCUGUGAUUAACCUAUAAUUUCAGAGGCUGCAGAAAUGCACAAUCUUUACACCUAGAUAAUUGAGAACAGGAGCCAGGCAAUUAACAGUUAUGAUAUGAUGAUCAACCUUUUCCUCCCUGUUUUGUUUGGACUUUAACUGACCAACCCUCAAGGAAAAUGCUUUGAAGAAACUGUAUAAAAACUAAGCAGAUUUGUCAACAAAGCGUGUGCAGUCCAGACAAGAAGCCAUCCUGCCACCCAGCCAACAAGCGAAGGACCCAUGCUUUGAGGCUGUACAAGAACUGCUUGCUGCCUGCACUGGGUAGAGAUCUCAGUUCAGCUAAGAUAAUACUAAGGACUAAUAGCUUACUUUAUAUUGGAACAGAGUCUUUUCUGUCAUUUAGUUUUUUAACUUGUUGGUAGUUAUUAAAGCAACCCUUUCUGCUAUUCAUCAA